GCGCUACUAAUUCAUUGUUCUCUCCUCUUUUGUACCGUACAAUCUACCAAGCAUUUCUCUCUUCCAAACUACUGAACCAAAUAUGGCUGCUGAUCCGAUCCUUGGUUCUGUUAUUCGUGUCACCUUAUCCAAGGUGAUUUCAGUUGCUAACAAGCAGCUCAACUUAGCUGUCGGAUUCAGGCAGGAGCUGUCGAGGUUUCAUGAGAAGCUGAAAAUGAUCCAGGGUCUGUUGCAGGAUGCAGAGCAGAAGGGAAUGAUAGACCGCCCUCUUCUGAAAUCUUGGCUUGAAGGGCUUCGGAGUAAAGCUGAAGAGGCUGACGAUGUGAUGGAUGAAAUUGCAUAUGAAAAUCUGCGGUGCGAGGUAGCCCAAAUGUGGGAAAAGGUCAGCUACUUCUUUACUCUUUCCAAUCCUUUAGUUUUUCGCCUUAAGAUAGCGAACAGGAUUAAGAGUUUAAAUUUAGAACUAGCUGACCUUAAUAAGACAGCCGGGGGGUUUGGGCUGCAAUAUAGUGUUGCAAACAUGCAUCCUGAACGUAUAGAAACCCAACAAACAGAUUCCUCAAUUGGUGAUCCAUCAAAAAUUGUAGGAAGAGGAAAUAAGGUCCUAGAAGUUGUUCAAUCAUUGAUUAACUCAAGUAAUGAUCAACCUUUCCUUGUUGUAUCCAUAGUGGGUAUGGGAGGCAUAGGCAAAACUACUGUGGCCAAAUUAGUGUGUAACAAUGAGCAAAUACGGAAUCAUUUUUUCAAAAUAAUGUGGGUUUGUGUUUCUGAAAAUUUUAAUUUGAAACAAAUUUUAGUAGAGAUGUUGCACGCUUUUCCUGGAAAUGCUUUUCCUGGAAAUGUUUCUGUGGGUGUAAGUCAAGAUAUUGUAGUCCAGAAACUGCAGGAAAAUUUGGGGGAGAAAAAUUAUCUUCUCAUAUUAGAUGAUGUAUGGAAUGAAGAUCGACAAAAAUGGGAAUCCUUCAGGAGCUGUUUGUCAGGAAUAUGUAAAGAUGUUGGGAGUAGGGUUCUUAUCACAACUCGAAGUGAAAAGGUAGCUUCCACAAUGGAAACACUUUCUGAGCACAUGCAUCAUCUUGAGAAACUAACAGAUGAGGAUUGUUGGUCUAUAAUCAAGCAGAGAGCAUUUGGCAACUCAUCAUUCCCUUCAGAAUUGGAGGGGAUUGGCAGGGAUAUUGCUAGUAAGUGUGGAGGUUUAGCAUUAGUUGCAAAUAUUAUUGGGGGGAGUUUGUGCAAUAAUAGGAAGAAGGAUGACUGGUUGUCAAUUAAAGAUAAUAAUGUAUGGCGUUCAAUGGAAGAAGCUGAGGUUGUUCUACGAGUGUUGCAGUUGAGUUUCAAUCGCUUGCCAAUACCUGCUUUGAAACAAUGUUUUGCUUUCUGUUCUAUUUUCCCUAAAGAUUUUGUCAUGGAAAAGGAGAUGUUAAUCCAGCUCUGGAUGGCUGAAGGAUUUCUUCAGCCAUUUAGUGAAACACACUUGGAGAUGGAGGAUGUUGGUGAUAAGUAUUUCAAUGCAUUGUCAUCAUUUUCUUUAUUUCAGGAUGUUGAAAGAGAUCCUUAUGGGAGCAUUAUUACUUGCAAAAUGCAUGAUUUAAUUCAUGAUCUUGCACAAUCUGUUUCAAAGUCCCAAACUUUGAUUUUGGAAGAUGGUAGCGGAAGAAAUAUUCCUGCAAACAUUCAACAUUUGAAUGUCAUUUCUGAUAAGGAUACGACAACAACAAAAUUAGGGGAUGCCCCUAAAAAAUUGCACACUUUGUUUUCACAAAUUGAUGUCUUUCACAGUAUGUCAACGAACUUGAGAAAGGUGCAGGUUCUCAGUGUCUGUGGAGCUGAUAUUGAUGAGUUGCCAGCUUUUUUGGGGAAAAUGAAGCAUUUAAGGUUCUUGGAUGUUUCAAGAACUAGAAUCAAAGAACUUCCCAAGUUCAUCACCAAGCUCUAUCAUUUGCAAACAUUUAGAUUUAUGUAUUGCGAUGGAAUUGAAAGGCCUUUGGAAGGAAUAUGGGAUUUACUCAAUUUGCGACACAUUUGUUUCAGUGAUGAAAAGCUUAUGCCAGCAGGGAUUGGUAGAUUAACUUGUCUGAAAACAUUACAAUUAUUUGUUGUGGGCCAACAGAAGGGACAUCAAAUUGAAGAACUGGGGCAUUUAAACCAACUCAAGGGAAAAUUAGAGAUUCGUAAUUUGGAUAUGGUUAGGGACGAAGAAGCCAUGGGAGCAAGACUUUCUGAAAAGGAUGCAAUUCAGGAGUUGAAAUUGGUGUUUGGUAAAAAGCAUACAAUUCAGGAGUUGCAAUUGAUGCGGUAUGAGGAAUCUAGUGGCAGUGAAGAUAGAUGUGAACAUGAUGAAGAUAUCUUGGAAGGUCUCCAACCUCAUUCAAAUUUGAAAGGCCUAACUAUUGAACACUACUGUGGGAAAGGCUGUCCUUCAUGGAUGUUAGAAACAAAAAAUUUUCUCAAAAAUCUGAUGUUCAUGACCUUUUAUGACUGUCCUUGGUUGGAAAGCAUUCCAUCACUUUCACUCAGCAAUGAGGCAAAGUUAGAAAUUAAAAAUUGCAAGAAUUUGAAAAGCAUUGCAUAUUCGUCCCUUCAGAAACUCAACAUUGAGAACUGUGAAGAACUAGUUCAGGUAGAGGUUGCACCAGUUGCCAUGUCCAUGCCCAAUGUAGAUGGGUUGUCCUCUCUUCAAAAAAUUAGAAUAGUCUCAUGUGGGAAAUUGGAAAGCAUAGGAGGGGAUUUAUCUACUGCCACGUGUCUCAAAGACUUGACUAUAUGGCAGUGCAAUGGUUUGAUGUCCUUUCCGAACCUCCAUGGGCUGUCCUCUCUUCAAAGAAUUGAAAUAGGCUACUGUGGGCAAUUGAAAAGCAUAGGAGAGGAUUUAUCUACUGCCAUGUGUCUCAAAGAGUUGAUUGUAUGGGAGUGCAAUGGUUUGAUGUCCUUUCCGAACCUCCAUGGGCUGUCCUCUCUUCAAAAAAUUAAAAUAGAGAGGUGUGGGCAAUUGAAAAGCAUAGGAGAGGAUUUAUCUACUGCCAUGUGUCUCAAAGAGUUGAUUGUAACAGACUGCAAUGGUUUGAUGUCCUUUCCGAACCUUCAUGGGCUGUCCUUUCUUCAAAAAAUUGAAAUACACAGGUGUGGGCAAUUGAAAAGCAUAGGAGAGGAUUUAUCUACUGCCACGUGUCUCAAAGAGUUGACUGUAUGGGAGUGCAAUGGUUUGAUGUCCUUUCCGAACCUCCAUGGGCUUUCAUCUCUUCGGACUUUAUGGAUAAGCCGGUGUGGUGGAUUAAGAAGUUUGCCAAGUGGGUUGCCAUCAUGCACUGCUCUUGAGGAAUUGGAUAUCUCCAACUGUAAUAAUCUAAUCUCUAUUCCAGAUGAUUUGAGGAGGAGCUGGAGCGUCCCUAACCCUGCCUGCCUUGCUUGCCUGAAGAAGCUGACUAUUGGUGGUUUCUCAACAGAGCUCAAGGAAUUUCCAGAUCUGGGCUUCAUCGGAUCUCAUCUUGAAGAUUUGACUUUGAUUGCAUGGGGAGAACCAGGAGAACGUCUGCUGGAUCAAAUUCAACACCUAACUGCCCUUGAGUCUCUCGAAAUAGAGGAUUUUGAUGGACUGGAAGCUUUGCCAAAUUGGUUUGGAAACUUAUCCUCUCUUCAAAAUCUGGAGAUUUCCAACUGCAAAUCUCUGAAACAUAUGAAAGCCAUCCGAUACCUCUCCAAAUUAGAAAGGCUUUGUAUUGAUGAAUGCCCUGAGUUAACGAAAAGACGCACCAGAGGAAGUGGUUCCGAGUGGGACUGCAACCCUCGCAUUCAAAUCAUCGAAAUAGACUACAAAGGGAGCCAACGGGCAGAAUCUUCCAUUGAGGUAUUUUCAGCCUUUAACUAUAUAUAAUAGUAAAUCUUUUUUCUUUAA